AUGAAGGGUGAUGCCAUAGAAGGCUGGAACGAUUGUCCCACGCCUGUGAUGAUGUCCAAGAACAACUCUACCAUAUCGCUUGGUGAAACAGUACGACGAAACCGUGAGGAGACCAUGGAAUUAUGUGAUAAGGUAUUCACCUUGCCCAUUCAAUUACCCGAACGAGAGUUGACCCAUCAUAAACAGAAAUUGCAAACUCAAAUACAGACAAUGAACGAAACACAUCUCCACUUUCUUGCUACAGUAUUUCAUGAGGUGAUUGAAGGAACAAUCGAAAGAAAAGAGUUGGCCAAUCAAGUGGUCGAGUAUAUGAUGGCACAUGAAGGUGUUGCUUCAUGGUGUUCUCCACUAAAGAAGAUUGUGAGUAAAGUUUGA